AUGAGGAUUAACGACAUAAUUGCUACUUUGCCUUUGCUAGGCGCCGCAGCGGCGGUGGAUAUGAGACAUUAUGAUCCUCGGCGCCAAGUAGAGCGUGCUUUUGGGAGCUAUUUGGAAAAACUUUACGCCACAGCCGAAGACCCUAGAGCCACCCACAGCUUCACAAACUUUUUUACUCCCCAGGGAAAGCUCACCGUGCUGAACAGCGUAGCAAGCGACCCCGCCGCUAUCAUUGCCCUUAAGGAGGCACUCCUCCCGCCUGCGGGCAACAAACAAUGGAACCACCUGCCUAAUAUUACCACGGUGUACUCGGAAACGCCACGCUUUAAAACUUACGACGUCUUGGGCGUUAUAGAGACCCGGUUUAACGGACGCGAUUGCACAAAGGCUUACUAUUCUACGCGCUUCACGGUGACCAAGGACUCCUCGGGUGUGCCGCAGUUGCAGCCUCAUGCGGGCAACCUGGUCCACUACGACGAUUACAUUGUCACUCCCCCUCAUAGCCCUACUGGCAUUCCUUGCGAUUAG